UUAUAUAGGUACUCAAACCCAUAUCUAUAUAAAGAGUACCAAGCCUCCAGCUAUUCCAUUGCAUACCGAGCAGUUAAAUAAUUCUCCAACGAAAUGGGUGUAAUUGACGGAACCUACCAAUUGGUCAAAAACGACAAAUACGUGGAACUACUAACAAAACAAGGAGUUCCUGAAGAGCAAGCUAAGCAAGCUGAUAGCUUGAAAAGUACUCUUCGUGUGAAAGUCGACGGUAAAAAAAUUGUUUUAAACAUCGAUGAUACGGUCAGAAAAGUAGAAAAUGUUCUUGUCGUCGGAGAAACCGUUGAAGAAAAAGUCUUCGGUGAUGCCGUAGGUUUGAGUACUACAACAUUGGAAGGAAACACUGUUAAGGUACGCUCUGUGGAUAAAGAAGGAAAAGCCACCGCAAUUGACAGAACCUACAAUUUCUCAGAAUCAGGAUUAGAAGUUGUCAUCGAAACUAAGGCCCAGAAAUGCACUCGCUCUUACAAAAGGAUUUGAAAUCGGUUACAUAUUUUAAUUUUUAUAUAAAAAAUUGAUAUAUAAUAAAAGAUUUUAUUAUACA